CGACGGCUGCUUUCUCAGCGACAACAGCUCGGGCUGUGGAGGGAGGACUCGGGCUCGUCCUCCUCCUCUUCAUAUUGGCUUGACUCUGCUCUGACCCCUACCAGCGCUGCACAGUCUGGGAAUAAAAGCAGAAGUAUGGUGAAGCUGAACGGCAACCCUGGAGAGAAGGGGGCCAAGCCGCCUUCGGUGGAGGAUGGCUUCCAGACGGUCCCCCUCAUCACGCCCUUGGAGGUUAAUCAUUUACAACUGGCUGCACCCGAGAAGGUGAUCGUGAAGACAAGAACAGAGUACCAGCCGGAGCAGAGGAACAAAGGGAAGUUCCGGGUGCCGAAGAUCGCUGAAUUUACGGUCACCAUUCUUGUCAGCCUGGCCCUCGCUUUCCUCGCCUGCAUUGUGUUCCUGGUGGUUUACAAAGCCUUCACCUAUGACCACAGCUGUCCUGAGGGAUUUGUCUAUAAGCACAAGCGCUGUAUCCCGGCCUCGCUGGACGCUUACUACUCAGCCCAGGAUCCCAGCUCCAGGAGCCGCUUCUACACCGUCAUCAGCCACUACAGUGUGGCCAAACAGAGCACUGCCCGGGCCAUCGGACCGUGGUUGUCGGCAGCCGCCGUCAUCCACGAGCCCAAGCCGCCCAAGACCCAGGGCCAUUAGAGGCCCGCCUCAGCCGGGAUGGGGGUGGUGGGUGGAGAGGGGAACCCCCGACUGGCUAGGCAAAGCUGAAGCUACAAGACAACACUGUACUGCUGGGGUACGGGGUGGGGGAGGGGCAGGACGGGGUCUGGGGAGAACUCCCUGAAAAUAUUGUGCACUGGGGUCGUCUGAAUCGAUCUUUCCUUUUGUCCUUUCGUAUUGUUCCUUCGUACCCAAGUCAGGCUCGUGUACAAAGGCAUGUUUCGUGUUGAUUGUUCCCAUGUAAGAUACUUUCAAAGCCCUUGCUUAUUCUUUGUUAGGAUAAUUUAGAGACAGGAAGGGGAGCCAGAGAAAAUGAGUAAAAGGCACCUGAAACAGGCUCCGUAAGGAAGACACAGCAGGGCAGGAAAGAGCACAGCCUCUCUGGGCUUCUUAGACAAGGCACCGGUGCCUUCAGUGUGGGCGACCGGGUAUCUGUGUGGCAAAGUGUGAGCCGUUUGGUUUGCCUGUGGUCUGCAGGAGAGGAGCACAGCAAGGCAGAGAAGGCUGAAUUGGAGAGAAAGGUGACGCUGGCAUUUCUAGACCAGGAAUGCAUAGAGUACCACUUAGUGGUGAGUUUGCAAGAGGAGCACAAAGCCACGGGGGAGGCAUCCAUGCUCCACCCAGGGUAGCCCAUGGGAUCUAGGCUCCUGAUGCUCAUAGGGCAGCUGUUGUGAAUCAGCAAACACAGACGUGGGUAGAUGUUGAGACGUUGUCUUUCUUUUAUUUUUCUAGGUGUAUCCCUAGAUGCUGCCUGUGUUCUCAAGAUGGCAGGGGUGGAAAAGGAGAGAAAGGAAGAGGGGUGGCAAGGAAACAGGCGGGUCGCCCCUGGGCCCAGCUAGAAGCAUGGGCACCCAGGUCUUACAUGUUUGCUCUUUCCCAAAGUACUCAUGACAGCAGCAGCGACCGAGGGAGCCUAGCCAGGAAAUCCAAGAGACAGCCAGGAGGAAAUCUGAAGAUUGGGCCUGCAAUGGUGGCAGGUCAUUUCUAAAAGAAGCUGGAGAAGAAAGGUGGCUGUCUUUGGUUCACUUCGUUGUGUUGACAGAGGAUGUGCACUCAA